CUCAACAUUCAUGCAGGCAAUGUGCCACACACCACAUUCUCAUUCAGUUUCACACAGAUCUUUGUACAGUUCAUAGUGUUUUUCGAGUCGAGAUAAAUAAAUUUCAAAAAAUUCUUUCCUAUUUUCGUGUCUAGCUUGAAAAGCCAGAGCUCCAGUUGAAGCAACAAAAAAUGUGCAACUAUCCUUGCUAUCCCUCUGCUGCCCUGUGCCCUUGCGGCGGUUGUGGUCCCAGCGGCUUCUACGAUCCCUGCUUUGGCCCCUACAAUGGUCCCUUCAAUUCGUGCUGUGGCCCCAGUGGUCCUCAAUGCUGGAGAGGAUGCACUUUUUACUAGAAGUGGUGGGACCUAAAACUCAACUAGAGCACUGCCUUGUCUUGCUAACAGAAGAAAAUCAGGAAUAAAAUUGGUUGUUCUGCCAACAGCUUGAUCAACGUU